AUUCGCAUUACAAGAAUGGGUGACGAGCAGCUGGCGAAGGCUGGGCUUUUUGUAGAUGAUUUCAACAGACUUAGGCUUAUUGAUCCAGAUGUUGCUGAACUUUUACAAAGUGCUCAAGAUAAAUCGUCCGAAUUCAACGAUCAACUGAAAAAUUUCCAAACCACAACUGGUGGACUUAUCGAUAGCAUUGAAGAGUUCGCAAAUGUUGUUGAAACGGAAAAGAUUCGUGCAAUGAUGGUCAGAAACACACAGGAACGGGAUUUGGCAGAAGAUGAUCCAGUGCUUCUUCAGAUGACGAUUCGAGAGUUGACAGUGGAAAAGGAGAGAUUAAGGGUAGAACUAGAAGCAGUUCGGAAGAUUGAAAAGGAGCAAGACGAGUGUAUUCAAAUGAUGACUGAACAUUAAAGCCUUUAUUUUUGAAAUAAUGCUAAUACUGUAAAUAAACAAUAAAAAUUAUAAAUUC